AUGGUCCGGCUCUCAGACCCCCUUGUCGCCGACAUUGGCUUCUCUUUGGUAUACGAGCCUAGUGAUGAAGAAGCAGUAGUGGAUGUAAUUUUUGUGCACGGUCUUGGGGGCCAUCCUUUCAACACAUGGGCCGUAAAGAUAGCCAACGACACGACCUCAGUUGCCGACAGGGUAACAGGAAAAGAGCUGUCGAGAAGAUCUCUGGCCCGACGGUUUCUGUCCAAAGUGCAGAAGAAGAAUGCGCUCGAAGCAGAUCAGCCUGGAAAUCAAAGCCUUGAGGACCCACAAGCAAUUCAAGCCUUGUCCCAGGUGAAUGCUGAGAGCCUGAUCAGCGUGGAUCAUCUUGGACCAACCCGAGUGACUCUUCCAUCUCCUACACCCUCGCCCACCGUCUUCUGGCCUAGAGAUCUACUUCCAAAAGUAUGCUCAUCUGCCCGUGUCUUGACAUAUGGAUACGACUCUCGAAUUGCCAAAGGUUAUGGGGCAUCUGUGAAUAAGAACAGUAUUUUCCAGCAUGCAACCGACCUUCUGCUUGCGCUCGAACGAUCACGAAAACAAGGGCAGCCCAUCAUAUGGGUUGCCCAUUCACUGGGCGGCAUUAUCGUGAAGCAGGUCCUUAAAGAGUCCCACAAUGCGCAUUUUGAUGAUGAAACUGGGCUCUCAGACGUGGUUGUGUCCACGAUUGCCACUGUAUUCAUUGCAACACCGCAUCAAGGCAGCAAGGACAUGGCAACAUUUGGCGAACUGGCGCGCAAAACAGCCGCCUUUUGCGGUAUUGACAAUAAUCCGUCACUCUUAAGAGCUCUUGGCCUAAGAACUCCGGAACUCGAGCAAUCUCACUUAGAUUUCUCCCGGCUUCGAAAGAAGUAUAAAUUCACAAUCAAAACUUUCCGCGAGGGGAGUGGAUGGAAAUCACUGGGAGUAGGAAAGCUCAACGCGAAGGUCGUUCCUGACUAUUCAUCCACAACGGGUGAUGUAGCGGAGCAUGCCGAGACCCUUGAAGGCAACCAUACCGAAAUUUGUCGCAUACGAGAUCCCGGUGAUCCUAACUUUGUGAAACUAUCAGGUCAAUUGAAAAUGAUGUGUGACAGUGUACGUUCGGCGUCGCAGAACCGGGCUACAUUUGAAGAUCGAACUCGCCCUCGUGUGAGAGAUAUCUCCUCUCCAAUCGACUCGUUCUCUUCAACAUGCCUCAAAUCUCUCUGCUUUCCUCUUAUGCAUGCCAGGAGAAACAACAUCAAAGCACCUGUUCCUAACACUUGCGUUUGGUUCCGUAGGCAUCAUCACUACAAAGCAUGGUCAGUCAGACGCUUUCACAGGUCUUCGAACCGCUUCCUUUGGAUCAGAGGCAAGCCAGGGGCGGGAAAAUCAACGAUCAUGAAGCAAGAGUUGAGGAUGCUGCAAGUUGACAGCGACAGACGCCAUAAACUCACACCAGCGUUUUUCUUUGGUGGCAAGGAGCAUUCACUUCUGAAAACUGCUGAGGGAUUGUUUCGCUCCUUAGUGUUUCAGCUUGUUGCUGCCGAUCAGGCACUUUUGCAACUUCUCGUUGAACUGUGGUCGUAUAACAAUCCGAUGUUUCUCUUCGAGGACUCGUUGGGUAGCAACCUCAAUUGGCGAAGCGACGAGCUGAAGGAAUUUCUUGUGACUGCUCUCGAGAGAAGGUUGUUGCCUCCUACAAUGUUACUCAUUGAUGCACUGGACGAAUGCGACGAUUCUGCGGAGAAAGAUGUGAUGACAUAUGAGGCUCGCGAGAUUGUGUAUUUUCUUGAUGAGCUCAUGAUUACCGCAAGAAAGCAUAACAUUAUGCUGGAUGUUCUGGUCUCAAGCAGAUCAUGGUUCCAGAUGGAGACGAAGAACAAGUGUUAUGAGAUCGUUGUCGACCAAUGCAACCAAGGAGACCUCAAGAUCUAUGCAGAAUCCCGAUUUGCAGCCAGGAAAUCCAUAGACUCCAAAGAUGUGUCAAACCUCGUCAAGGAUAUCGUUGCAAAGUCCUCAGGUAUCUUCCUGUGGGCCAGGCUAGUGAUAGACAUGUUGCUGCACGAUCUCGACAGUGGCAAAACUCUAUCAGAACUUGGCACAAGGCUUUUAGCUCUACCGAAAGAGUUGGACGAAAUCUUUCGUCAAUUACUAGUUGAUGGGAAGCUCUGCGAAAGUGAUCGCGAACUUGCGACCAAGAUCUUCCAAUGGGUGAUUUUCAGUACCAGAAAUCUACGGCUCAGAGAAUGGCAUCAUAUCCUGCCUAUGAUCCACAAUCCUCCACCCCAAACAAUGAUCGAAUGGCAGUCCUCUUGCAAUCGAGAAGAUCAAUUGAUUCGGCGGAUUCAGACAUUGACGAUGGGCUUGGUCGAUGUAUCAGGGGCCAAUAUCGAUCACUCAGUUUCCAUCGACGCUUUGGAUAAUCCUUUACUUCAUGAAAGUUUCAACGCUGGGUCUGUUGAUGGGGCUGCAGGCUCCCUCGAUAUUGAUCUUGGAGAAACACGGACAGUUCAAUUUAUUCAUGAUUCUGUUCGCACAUUCUUCCUUCGUGACUGCUUUACAACACUGGGAAGUAUGUCAUUGCCGCUGACAGGGGCCAUUGAUGGUGAAAGUCACCUGAUGAUUAUAGAAACAUGCCUGAACUUCUUGAAACUUGAAGUGCUUGAUGCUUUGGUUAAUGCAGCAAGGCGUAUCCGGGCGGAAGCCGAGAAGGCCACCAAGAAGCUCCAGGAACUUGACAGUGCUGCGCAAGUGCUAGGGAACACGGAAGAUCCAUUCAUGCUCUCUGUGGCGCCCCAAAAAAGAAUGAGAGACCAAAAGACUAGGAACCCCCCAUCGGAAAGCGAUUCUGUUUGUGCGCGCACUACUGAUUCGCGUAUCAAAGCCGACCGGGAAAGCAUGUCAGAUUUCGACCCAGUAAGUGUCAAAAGCUUCAGUUCUGCGGGCUCAACCGCUCCUAGUCGAACCUCAGCAACUGGUUCUCCUAGUGGCUCACAAAACGCACACCAAACCUUUGACAGAUCUCAGAACCAUUCAGGUAUCAAAGAUAUCAUAGCUAAUGGUCCGAUGGACCCAGCUGCGCCAAAAUCUGGGCUUUUGAUAGAUCACAGAGAAGAUGACUCGCACUUACAUCCGCGAGGUCUACAAUAUUGGAUGAGUUCUUCGUCAACUGAUAACCAUACGACUAUGCUGCAAUCCUGGCUCGCGGAAGUGGAACGGGAUAACCAUCCACAACUUCCGGGUAUUCGUGCACCAAGCUCCCCCAACGCGCCUGAUAUUGAGAAUGGUUUGCGCCAUGCUGACGCCCAAAGGCAUGUCGCUUUGCAGCCUACUGUCAGCGUGACUGAGCAGGAUGACUUCAGACUUGAAAACGACAGGCUUAGGGUACCUGCUAGUAUCAAGGUAUCAGCUUGGAAUUUCUCGAAUUCUGCUGAGGAUAGUAUCACCUCGGGCGGCAGGAGUAUCCAGUCGCAGCAGCUGCGGUGGGACAUCUCCGCUCUAUUCCUUUACACAAUGGACGAAAUCAUCACGCACGCUAGCAUUGCUCAAUCACAAAGAGCAAAUCCUCUCAAGGUUGUCAAGCUGUUCGUCGGCAUGUGGGAAAGGUUCUCUCUUCUUCGAGUUGAAUGGGAAACAUAUUCCAACCUCGCUACCUUCUGUGUACGGCAUGAUCUACUCUCAUGGGCCGAAGCCAUGCUAGAAAUUGUGGUGGAGCCAGGAUUUGUCUUUGACCUGUUCUCUUCAGGUUACGACGCCGGUAACACGUCGGUUAUGGAGCUUUCGUUUGAGCACCAGUUGCGGCAUUCAGCACUUUUAUCAUCCCUAAACAAUGAGCAAUAUGCGUCACUACCAACGAGCCGGACACUCCUUUUUGAUAUCAUGGAGAGUCAACGCAUUGAUCUUCUCGAUCGAUGGUGGGCCUGUUAUCUCACACUACGUGAGCGUGGAGAUGUCUCGGAGGAUCAAAUUCUAGGACUGAUCCAUAGUGCCGAUCCCAUCUCUGGAGAGUCUCUGCUCAUCAAAGCAUGUCGCAUGUUCCACUUUCCACUAAUAAAUGCCUUGCUCGCUUCGAUUGAUAUCGGUGCUGAUGCUCGUCACAUACUGAGGAACAAUUCUAGCACCCAGUCCGCUGACAAUAAUGCCAAAACCACACCGGUCGGGCUGUUGUGUACUCACCGGCGCCUUCGAGAUUCCGCCCGCCACGCCGACUUCGAUGAAGUCUUGUCAAGAUUAGUCGAGCAUGGGGCAGACAUCAACUCUGCCGAUGAUAGAGGCAACGUACCCUUGCAUGGUCUGUGUAGGUUGGAACUCCCAAAUACUGGUGCGAUCAGGCUUUUGCUAAAUCAUGAAGCCAAUCCAAAUGCCCAUGGUUCGAAUGGUGAAACACCACUGAAUUGUCUUUGCAGACGCUCACAUCCAAGUAUCGAUGCGAUCGAGCUUCUGUUAGGUCACGAAGCUGACCCUAAUCUCCAUGGCUCGCAAGGUAGAACACCAUUGCAUAAUCUGUGCAGACUUCAACAACCAAGCAUUGAUACAAUCCGCAUACUCUUAGGUCACAAUGCCAACCCUAAUGCCCAUGGCUCGAAUGGCGAAACACCAUUGCACAAUCUAUGCAGACUUCGGAAACCAAGUAUCGAUGCAAUCCAAAUUCUCUUGGACCAUGGAGCCGACCCUAAUAUCUAUAAUCGGUACGGGGAAACACCACUACAUGUGCUCUGUCAGAAUGAGAGUGAUGAUGAAGACGGAGGCAGUCUCAAUCUCAGUCUCGCGGGUGAGACUGAAACUUUUCAGCACGUCGCACUACAACUACUAUCCGGAGGCGCGGAUCCCAAUAUCACCAAUAUCACCCAUAAGACUCCACUUUGGUAUGCAGUAUCAAAGGCUCAAUUCGACCUGGCAUUGGUACUGGCUGAGCAUGGUGCCGACAGCUCUAUUCCAUACCCGGAGGCAAAUGCGUGGACUAUUAUGAGAGAGCAGCUACGUUCUCGAAAGGAGGAGCGUGUGUUUGCCAUUCUCACGUUACUUAUUCGAUCUGGUUCGAAUGUACAAUGUACAGAUGAUUCUGGCAUGACUCCAUUACAUACAUCGGUAGAGAUGGGCCGCCAUGACAUUGCCAGCCUGCUUGUUCAGGCAGGGGUCGAUACUGAACCAAAAAACACUUCCGGGGAUACUCCCAUGCAUCUUGCUUUGUGGAGAACUUAUGAUGCGACGUACACUUCCAACAUCAACGAGCUUCUCAAAGGUGGUGCCGGUUUCAAGGUGAAGGAUGCUUCUGGGAGGACGGCAUCUGACCUACUUGAGGUGCUCUUUAAAUCAAGAACGGUUCAAUCCGAAAUCCGAAUGCAACAAUCAGAAACGAUCUGGCACCAGAUAAAAAGACUUUUCCAGGAAUAUGCGCCUAAGAAGGUCGACAGUUCUGUGGCAUAA